AGAGAAUCCCUGAGGAAGAGGUCGCUCUCGUGAGACAAACACCUCAUCCCACACCAAGUUACCGCCACUGGCCCGAAAAUACUUUCCCUACCAGCAGCGCCCUCAGCUUCUCUGAGCCAGGCUUCCCAGUGACGUCCAGGUACUUCCGGUUUCCGCUCGCGGUCUUCAACUCACCUGCGGGCCUGCCAGGCCACCCUGGGCUGCUGAUGAAGGAAGUGCGGGGCCAGGAGGAAGCAGCAGGCAGCCCUGUCAGUCAUCAUGGGCAUCAGAGGACUCAUGAGUUUCGUGGAAGAUUACAGUAAUGAGUUCUUCACUGAUCUGAAACUGAGGGACACAAAAAUUAUCAUCGAUGGCUAUUCUCUUUUCCAUCGACUUUGCUUCAACUCAAACUUGGAACUCCGGUAUGGAGGGGACUAUGAUUCAUUUGCAGACGUUGUACAGAGAUUCUUUGAGUCACUGUUCGCUUGUCAUAUCUGUCCCUAUGUUGUAUUAGAUGGAGGAUGUGACAUUUCAGAUAAGAAGCUUACAACUCUGAAGGAUCGAGCUAGAGAGAAGAUCCAGGCGGCCCAUUCCCUUUCUGUCGGCGGGGGUGGGAAUGUGUGUCCCUUACUCAUCCGAGAAGUGUUUAUACAGGUUUUGAUCAGGCUUAAGGUAUGUUUUGUUCAGAGCUUCUCGGAAGCAGAUCGGGACAUCAUGACACUUGCCAAUCACUGGAAUUGCCCUGUGCUGUCAUCAGAUAGUGACUUUUGCAUUUUUGACCUGCGAAGUGGGUUUUGCCCACUGAAUAGUUUUCAGUGGAGAAAUCUGAACACUGUUAAGAAUACACAGGAUUACUAUAUUCCUGCCAAAUGCUUUUCCCUCAAUGCAUUCUGCCGUUACUUCAGCAACAUGAACAAGACUCUACUACCUCUCUUUGCGGUGCUGUGUGGAAAUGACCACGUUAAUCUGCCCAUCAUAGAGACAUUCAUCAGCAAAGCACGGCUUCCUCUUAGUUCUAAGAGGAGGAGAUACCACCGAGUUCUGGGACUUCUGAACUGGUUGUCUCACUUUGAUGACCCCGCUGAAGCACUGGAGAAUGUCCUGAAGCAUCUCCCCAGAAAGGGCCGAGAAGAUGUUAAGGAACAUCUCUGCACUUCCAUGGAGGAGUACCAGCCGUCCCAGGUGAAGCUGCAGGACUUCUUCUACUAUGGAACUUAUGUCUGUCCAGACGCUUUGAAUCUGGGCUUGCCAGAGUGGGUACUAGUAGCCUUAGCCAAAGGCCAGCUACCACCUUUCAUCAGUGAUGCUCUGGUGCUUCAGAGGACCUUUCUUCACACACAGGUAGAAAACAUGCAGAGACCAAAUGCCCACAGAAUAGCUCAGCCCAUCCGGCAAUUCAUCUAUGGGCUUCUUUUGAAUACCUCAUCACAUCCAGAAGGUAUUUCCCAGAAUGCAGCACCUUCUCAGCCUCCAGCUUUCAAUGAAGUGGAAAGAAUUGAUAAAAAUAUCAAAACAUCGGUUGUUUAUGCAAAACAACUGCUCAAGAAUCAUUCUGACUUGAGCAAAUUGACUGAGCUCCCCUUGUCUAGGCGGCGGAUGCUUCUGUUAGAAGCCCUGAAGGUCAAACAGGUUGUCCUGGAGGCCAUCCCUACUUUGCUGAAGUUGCCCAUUGCUGUCACUUGUUACUGGUUGCAGUCCACAGAGGCCAAGGCAAAGCUCCAUCAUCUGCAGGCCUUACUGCUGGGAAUGCUGAUGGAGCCCUUGCAUGCCAUCAUCAACUGCCCUGGUGAGGAAGAUCCACAGGCAGGUGGUGCCAAGGUGCUGUAUGAAGAGUUACAGCGGGUGAAGGCGCCCAUGCAGCCAGGUGCAAGAUUGGAUUUAGACACAGCUCACGUCUUCUGUCAGUGGCAGUGCUGUCUCCAGAUGGGGUUGUAUCUCAACCAGCUGCUGUGCACUCCUCUCCCAGAGCCAGACCUAACUCAGUUGUACAAUGGAAGCCUGGUGCACGGACUCUGCCAGCAACUGCUAGCAUCCACUUCUACAGAAAGCCUCCUGAGCAUGUGUCCUGAGGCAAAGCAACUGUACGAACAUCUGUUCAAUGCCACGAAGUCAUAUGCCCCAGCUGAAUUAUUUGUACCAAAGACUCAAUCAAACUCAAAGAAAAGGAGGCAAAAGAAAAAGGUUGCCAGCCAGUCAAAGAACAAAGUGGUAACCACUUCAGACAGCAGGCACUGGUAUGACAGAAGCAAUCGGUUUGGGCUGUUAAUGGUUGAAAGCUUGGAGGAGCACUUAGAGACCUCAGAGCUUGAAUAAACAGUCUGUGUAGCACAUGAGACUUGUUGUUCUAACUUUAAAAAAAAAAUCUCUUACCUCCCUUGAAACUAACUUUUCUUUAGGAGUUGCCUAUUAUGGGAUAAACCUUAUAAUAGAUCAUCUGAAUUCCAAGAUAUUUUGUACUCUACUUUUAAUACAGCCUAAUUUAAGAAAUGUCAGUAUCACUUAUUUACUUGCAUGUGUGUUGGGGACGCAAGAGCCAUGGUACUUGUGUAGAAAUUGGAGAACAACUCAGGAGACUUGGUUCUGAUUCUAUCAUGUGGGCUCCAGGGAUCAAACUCAGGUAGUCAGGCUUAGAAGCAAGUGCUGUACCUCCUGAGCCAUCUUGCUGGCCCAGAAACGUCUAUAUUUAAGUGGGUUUUCACUCUUCAUGGUCCUUCAAAGCAAACACUAAUACUUUAUAGCCUUUAAGUUGCAAUAGCUUAGCCAACUAUAUUCUUAAGAAUAGGAAUCUCACAUAGUAAAUUACCACAAAAUCUAGUAGUUAUUUCGUUAAAAAGUUUUGUUUUGUAUUUGAGAUUGGAAAGUCUGGGUCAUAUAAAAGACAGGAGGCCUAAGAGAAAGUUAGAAAUGUGGUAAAUUAGACUACAUAUGAUCGAUAAAAGCACAGAUACACUGCAGGUCUUACAGCAUAAACUGCAACUGUAACAAUCCACAAACAGUAUUCUGAGCUGCUACAUCUAGAACAGAAAAGAAAUGAAAAUCUCAGAUCCACUCUGGACUCGAGGUCUUCCACAUGCUAGGUUUUGACAAGGGCUCCAACACUUUGUUUUGUUUUGAAUUUUGCUGUGAUGGAGAUCCAACCCAGGCCUGGCACAUCCUAAGCAAGCAUUCUACUACUGAGAUAAACCCUCAACCACAAGCCAGCAUUUUAUAAAUCAAAGAAUGAGGAUGGAAAGUAGCAGAAUGAACAUCUCCUUUUAGAACUUGGCGGUUCUAAAAAUGUGUAUCUUAGCAUAUUCAAAACAGUUUAAGCUGGGUGUGGUAACACAUGUCUCAGGAGGCUGAGACAGGAAGAGUGGAGGUCGGGUAACCUGAUGUUUGAGAGGUGCUAUUCUAAAACUCCUUAUACCAAUAGGUUUGUAAAGAUGUUAGCUAGUUCCAGAGCUCAGGCAAACAAGAAUUAGCAAGUAGGAGAAGUACAUUGGGGCAGGUGCCAAAGUAUAGUCUAACUUGUACAGCUGUGCGUUCUCCUGCUCUAGCCUCCCACUAGUAUAUUCUAACAGUGAUAAUAUUCAUUAUGGCUGUAAGUUGCCAAUUUUAGCCUGCCCAUGACUAGUUCUUGGCAGUUGACAAUUCUCUACACUAGGUAGACAAACACACUCAUAGAAAACAAACUGGGCAUCAACCAGUAAGUAUAUCCUCACAUGACUUCAAAUGUUUCCACAAAUAAUGCAAUGCUAUUUGCUCCUCAAGUAUUUAAUCCUAAACACUAUCUUCUUUUCAAAUAUUUUAGGAGAGCGUUAUGUUCCUUAAUGGGGUUGAUUAUGUAUCUAUAAAGAC